CAAUUCGAUGCGAAACAAAACAGUUGGAGGUCCAAUCAAAUCAAAUCAAUACAAGAAUCUAUGAAUACAAGGCUACAAUUCCUCAAAUACAUAUAGGAAGAAUUGUGUAUUGAUUUUCCUUUCUAACAAUCUUAUAGAUUCAAACUUCAUAGAUCUAUAAAAUGAGCCCUGUAGAAAGUGUGCCCGUAGCUGUGUUAAAUUGUAUUGAUGAUUAUGUGGAACUGCUUUAUGAUGAUAUUCCAGAGAAAAUCAAGGGAUCAGCACUUAUAUUACAGUUGGCUAGAAAUCCAGACAACUUGAUUGAUUUAGCUAGGAAUGAAGCCCUUUUGAGUGCACUGUCAAGAGUUUUAAGAGAAGAAUGGAAAAGAAGUAUUGAAUUGAGCACAAACAUAGUGUACACAUUUUUUUGUUUUUCAACAUACAAUGAAUUCCAUCCGGUAAUCAUUCAAUACAAGAUUGGUUCAUUAUGUAUGGAUGUAAUAGAAUAUGAGCUGAAGCGUUUUGAUCAAUGGAAAGAGAAAGUUGAAGGCAAAAAGCAGCUACUUACACCAGACAAGAAUGAACCUCCUAAAAGUAGGAUUCCUGAACCAAAACGUCGUCCAAAAUCAGGCACAUGGGCAGUGGCUGACGUAAACCUACAAAAGUCUCGAUCUUUAGUGUCUAGUUAUCAUGAAGACUUAUGUAAUGCUUCUGAUGAAAGUUGGACUAAAAAUGAUGAAGAACAGAUGAAGAGGAAGUUAAAAACAUUGUCUAAGCGUCAAGAACAACUGUUGAGAGUUGCUUUUUAUAUGCUGCUUAAUAUUGCUGAUAAUGUAAAAGUUGAGGAAAAAAUGCACAAGAAAGACAUUGUUGGGCUUCUCAUUGGGGCGAUGGAAAGACAUUCCAAUGUAGAUUUACUAAUUCUUAUUGUUUCAUUUUUACAAAAGUUAUCUAUUUUCGUUGAAAAUAAAAACAGCAUGGCAUCUAGAGCGAUUGUCGAAAAACUAGCACCUUUGCUGGAUUCGCCUAAUGCUGAUUUAGUCAAUGUCACAUUAAAGCUACUAUUUAAUUUGACGUUUGAUACAAAAUUACGCAAUAGAAUUGUUAAAAUGGGACUACUACCAAAAUUUAUGCAGUUUACAAGUGAUGACAAACAAAUAAAUUUGGCGAUGAAAAUCUUAUACCACUUAAGUAUGGAUGAUCGUGUAAAAAUAAUGUUCACACAAUCUGACUGUGUUAAAUUGUUGACAGAUAUGCUGUUGCUAAACGUGAACAGCGCGGCAUUCUCCGGCGGCUCCCCGAGCACGACGGACGUGUUGCUCGCGCUGUGCGUGAACCUGUCGUGGAGCGAGCGCGCCGCGCAGCACAUGGCGGGCGAGGGCCGACUGCGCGAACUGCUCGCUCGCGCCUUUCGACACAAGAACACAAUGCUUAUGAAGCUCGUACGGAAUCUGUCGCAUCACGCCAUCAAUAAACCUUUGUUCGUUGAGUAUGUCGGUGAUAUCGCUGGCGCAGUCACAAACAGUGAUGUAUUGGAAGAAUUUCUUAUUGAAUGUAUCGGCACCCUCAACAGUAUAUUGAAUGCGAACAAUGAUAUAGACAUAAAUGCUGUUGUUGAAAGAUACAACUUAAUUCCGUGUUUGAUGAAGAUUCUGGAUGUAGAGAGUGGUUGCGACCCGGAGCUGGUCCUGGAAGGCGUGGUGUGCUGCGGCGCCAUCGCCGGCGACGAGCGCGCCGCGCAGGCGCUGCUGCAGGCGGGCGCCGCGCACGCGCUGGUGGCGCUGCUGCGCCUGCGGCAGGCCGACGACGAACAUGUGUUGCAGACCGUGUUCGCGUUCAGACAGCUGCUGUCUUUCCCGCGCACGGCUGACUACCUCGUUUCGCGUACUGAAGCCCCGGCCUAUUUGAUAGAUCUAAUGCAAGAUAAAAAUGUAGAAAUCAGGAAAAUGUGCGACUCUUGUCUUGAUAUCAUUUCUCAGAUGCAAAAUGAUUGGGCUGAAAGAAUUAAGGUUGAGAGGUUCCGGUGCCACAACGGGCAGUGGCUCUCCGUGGUGGAGACGCUAGGGGCCGAGGGCGGCGGCGGCGACGCGGGCGACGACUUGCCGCCCUACCUCUGCGCCGAGUACCUCACCACUCAUCGCCUCACAACCUCCGACUCUCAAACAUCACUUAAUGACGAUUCGGAUAGUUUCUUGGGAGAAGGUGACAACAACUGCACCAACAGGCACAUGGCUGAUGGAAAUGAAGAACCAUUCGGAGCAGAGCGCGUGACCAUGACGAAUGAAAAUAAUAAGUUAUACGCGAACGAUGUCGAUGUACAUGCCUAGAGGCUGCGUAAUGUUUCAGAAGUUUUUAUUGCUGUUUCUAUUAUGCUGGCUUUUUGUACAUAAAUUCAUCAUAAUAUACUUACCAAUUUACCAAAGAUUAACUCCUUAUCAAUACAUAUAAUAAAACAGUAAAAAAAGUUUUGUCUGUAGGUACAUUGAGUAUAUUUUCAAAAAAAUAAUUUAUUACGAUGAAGAAAUAGUAACCGAGUAUGAAUUUAAGAAAAAAAUUGUCUGUUUGUGUUUGUUUGUACACGCUAAUCUCCGGAACUACUGAACGGAUUUGAAUGAAACUUUUUUGUUGUAUAGCUCUUAUGCCCGGUCAUAGGGUAUAAUUUAUUUUGGAAUCUGGUAAUAGUACGAGAUCCGGCUGCAAAAUCACUACGUUCAUCGCGUAGUUAAUCAAACUCACAUUUUAAUAUACAUUUAUGAAUAGGAUAAUACAUAGAUAAUAGGGUGCCAGUCAAUAAGUGGCCGCAAGUAAUUUUAAUUAAAUUAAUGUUAAUUAAUUUUCCAAAAAAAAUUUCGUUCACUUGUUUUUUAAAUAAAAUAUCAUCCACAUCAUAGAAAUGUAUGUAAAGAAUUCGAAAAUCAAUGGGUGCCGUUACACACUCGGCCGCAACUACUACGCAGCCAGGUGUAAACAGGUAAUAUUUUGGUCUAUUUAUACGUUCAUGUCGUACACGCAUGUUUUUUAUAUCAAAUUAAAGCUAAUUUUUUUUUUAAUAUGAUGAUAUAUCGCUGCCUGUGAAUAAAUGGCCGCAAAUUAGGGUUGCUAGCUGUUAAAAACUCGAGGUAUCCGAGAUAAAGUGAAAGAGAGUUAGCGCGUAACGCCACUUGUUAGACAAGGAUGGCGAGUACCAGCUGUGCGAGUAUUUGAAGCCAUUGCGCACGCGUAUAGAUAGGGUUCUCAACAGUGCAGCUAAAUUAUUCUUAUAUGCUAACCUUCUUUUUGAGCUCGUUAUACACAACGUUGUUGAUAUCAUUUAUUUAUUGAACUUGAAAGUGUUAUUACGUUGAUAAAAGUAAUAUUAACAUUUUAGAAAAAUGAAAAAUUGUUUUUUGUGUAGUAAAACUCUUUCACUUUAUCUCGGAUACCUCGAGUUUUUAACAGCUAGCAACCUUAAUUUGCGGCCAUUUAUUCACAGGCAGCGAUAUAUCAUCAUAUUAAAAAAAAAAUUAGCUUUAAUUUGAUAUAAAAAACAUGCGUGUACGACAUGAACGUAUAAAUAGACCAAAAUAUUACCUGUUUACACCUGGCUGCGUAGUAGUUGCGGCCGAGUGUGUAACGGCACCCAUUGAUUUUCGAAUUCUUUACAUACAUUUCUAUGAUGUGGAUGAUAUUUUAUUUAAAAAACAAGUGAACGAAAUUUUUUUUGGAAAAUUAAUUAACAUUAAUUUAAUUAAAAUUACUUGCGGCCACUUAUUGACUGGCACCCUAUUAUCUAUGUAUUAUCCUAUUCAUAAAUGUAUGUUAAAAUGUGAGUUUGAUUAACUACGCGAUGAACGUAGUGAUUUUGCAGCCGGAUCUUAGACUAUAAGUACAGCUGAUAUCGAACCAUAACAACUUAGCUAAACUAUAGCAAAUAUUGAAAUGACGUCUUAUCAAAAGUUGUUCAACCUGAUGAGCAUUUUCUUUUGGCGAAAAAAAAAAUGGAAGAUCAGGAUCAUAUUUAGAAGCUAAAGGGACUAGCUACUCUGUAAUAUGUACCGAAAGAGUAAAUUAACCUUAACCUUCGUAUUUCAAAUACCUAACACGCAAACGUAGUUGCGGACGUCAACUAGUUUAUAAUAUUGCUCGGUAAUGCAUUUUAGUAGAAGUUAUUUGCAAUGAGUGUGGCUGUCAAAAUAGGUAAUAAAUAUUGAAUUUUAAUGAAAAUAAUGAGAAUUUGUCAAAAGAAACCGUAAGAACAAAAUAAAAUGUAGCCUUUUCACGUUUAUAAUAUAUCUACAUAGAAUAAUUUAUUUAAUGUAGGUAUUAUAGACUUUCAAAUAGGUACCAUAAAUGGUGACUAUUUAGCAAGAAGCGCUUCAGACAAAUAUGUAUGACAUGGAAUACAAAGUAUCAAUGCUUUGAGGGAUUCAAAGUUUAAGUUGCGGCUCGGAAUAUAUUUUUUGUGUGCCUUUAAAUAAAUAAACCGAUAUGAGAGAGAGUGUUAGUCUGUGGUUAACUUUAGAGUUCACCAUGUAACUGUAGAGUUCAACACACUAUGAGUGUAUGUUUUGAAUAUUUAUUUUCAUCACUUUCACUUCACAACAUAUUAUAAAGUAAAAUCCUUCAAUUUACUCUGUCUGUAUGUAUGCACUAAUCUCGGAAAGUUGUAGAUAUUGUUUCUGUUUAAAUUGUUGAAAAGAGUUUCUGAGGAAGGUUUAUAUAUCUAUAAAUGCUACCCAUGCAAAACCGGGGCGGGUCGCUAUUUAUUUAAUAAGUUACUUUCAUGUUGGGAGCUGUAACAGUGGACCAAAGGCCCCGAAACAUAGCGACGGAGUGCAACUGGGAACACUCAAAGAUACAUUUUUUUUAGCCAUUCUCACGAAAGAAAGUAAUAAGUAUUAAAGCUAUCUAAACUGUAACCGCUUGUGCAUUCUUUGGGCGCGUUACAGUGGUUGCGGUCAAGCUAUAUCAUACAUACAUACAUAUAAUCACGUCUGUACCCCUUGCGGGGUAGACAGAGCCAUAGUCUUGCAAAGACUCAUAGGCUAUGUUCAGCUGUUAAUUUGGCUUAAUGUUAGAAUUGAGAUUUAACCCUUUCCAUGCGGCUGGCGUAAUAUCACGUAUAACUAAAAACCGUUGGCCACACGGUGGGCGUAUUAUUGCGUCCAAAACAAUUCCUUGUGUUAUACGAUUAGACCAAUAUGAAAGUUGGUUCCCCUGUACUGUAGUUAUAAACUCAACAACCUUACGUGAAACGGUGGAAAAAUACUUACUUAUUAGUAUGUAGAUACGAGUGCAUGGUUUACGCCGAUAGUGUUGUAAGCUUUUUAUAUAAAAAGUCUAAUAAAAGGAGAAUAAUAUAAAUGGUAAGUUUAUUACUUAUAAUUCUUAAUAAUGUGUUUUACCUCGACGAUAAUAUUUUUAAAGAUAAAUCUUCAGAUGAGACUCAAAUUGACGAGCAUGAACCAUAUUCGCAACCAAAUUUUAUCGACGAUGAUGAGAUGUCGCAAAGUAGUUUAUCUAGAAAACGAGGAAGAAACAAUGAAAUUUCUCCCGAAACUUUUGACGAGGUCAAAGAAUCUCAAGUAUUUAUAAUAUAGAUACCGCAACGAAUUUUACAAAAUAAAGUGAAAUAUUAUGAUGACUCUCCAAAUCCGAUAACACCAUGUCCAAUAAAAACACGAUACAAUGUACAAGAUAUGUCAACUAGCCAGAUACUUAUUGUACCCUCAUAAAUUAAAUUUUAAGCUACCCUCGUUACAUUUUAUUAUCACCAUAGAUAUUUUUUUUAAAAGCAUGAUAAAAUAAUAUAAAAAAAUGUAAAAUGAGUAUGUAAAAAACUGAGUGUUAAUUUGCUUAUAUGCUUGCUCAUACCCAGUUGCCUAAAAAAUUAUUAUGAUUAAUAAAAAUUUAAUUUCAAUUUACUACUUACAUAUUUCAGUUUUUUAUAAAAAAAUAUAUAUGCAAGUAAUUUUAUAUAAAUAUUUGAUAUUCUUUUUGUAUUUUUGCAGCAAAUGUUCAUUAUUCUUAAUCAUAAUUCAAUUUUGCUCAUUUCUGCUUAUAAAGACGUUAUUGUUUCAAGGUAUGGCAACACCAAAAUUGUCUAUAUAAUUUUGAAAACGAAAUAAUACGCCAUCCGCGUCUAGCGGAAGAAAUUACAGAACGCAAUAAUACGCCUUCCGUACAGUAGAACCAGUUUUGUUAUGACGUAAUAUCUCGGCCAUCGUUUUAUAGAAGGGCCUUAAUACAAAACCGCCCGUACAGAGACGGCGAAAUUGAAAUAAUGCUUCCGCAUGGAAAGGGUUAAAUAGUGACAGGUUGCUAGACCAUCGCCUAAAUGAAGAAUUCCAAGUUUAUAAGGCCAUCCCUAAGACAAAAAUUGGUACAUAAUACAUUUAACUUCCAACCGGGCCUUGCUCCCUACCUUAAUCUAAGUAGCGCCAAUGGUUUACACAAGGCUGUAGUCCCUAUUAAUUUAAUUAUAGUAUUAACGUACUCACAUACUACGUACAUACCUAAUUGUUUUUCUUAAUUAAAAUUCACCAAAAAUUA